AUCAUUACAGGUCAUUUGCUAACACAUAAACACAACGACACUUUCGUCUGUCUUAUCGAGACGUAUUCACUUUUAUUGCUAGCUAUACAAAGGGAAAAUACUUGGUUGCGUUGGUAUCAAAAACACGUAUUGGAAACAUGCCUGCUCCAGACAAAAACCAAAAGUCGUUUAAGCAGAGAAAAACAUUCACACAACGAAAAGAAGAAGUUGCUGGUAUAAGAGCUAAAUUUCCGACCAAGAUUCCUGUUAUAGUUGAACGAUAUUACAAAGAAGAACAGUUACCGCUUUUGGAUAAAACUAAGUUUUUAGUUCCACAAGAAUUAACAAUGAGUCAAUUUGUUACAAUCAUAAGAAAUCGUAUGCAACUAAACGCCACACAAGCAUUUUAUUUGAUUGUAAAUAACAAGAGCAUUGCCAGUAUGUCAACGACACUAUCAGAGAUUUACCGAGACGAGAAGGACGAGGACGGGUUUCUAUAUAUGGUGUACGCAUCACAGGAGAUGUUUGGAUAAGACCCGAUGUCCAGUACAGGUGUUUAUGCAAAUAAGGGAAGAAGAACUUGAUACACGAGGGGUGAAAGCAUUUACAGUAGAAUCAUUAGACCACCUGGGAUCCAGUUUAUACCACAGAAACCAGUUUAUCAACACUCCUCAAUUACAGAAUCGCUCAAGUUCAUCGAUGUGAAAAAUUGAUGGGAUUGAUUGUUUCAGUGACUGAUGUUGACAUGGCAACAUCAGUUUAUAUGAAUUUACCACUUGUUAUAUAUUAAAGGUUAUGAGGAACCUAAUUUAAAGAUUAAAUUGUCACAUUUACAUACCCUCAUUUCUUAAAAUAGAAAACAACACGUUUAGUCGAAUUCUAUGCUAAAGUGUAUGCCUUCAAAUAAAAAGUAAUAAAAUGGAUAAUGUUUAAAUCAUGUGAUACCUGAUCAAAUUUGUGUUGGUUUAAAAGUAUUCUGUAAAUUUUGAUAUUAUCGAUCAACUUUUUUAUGUUGUCAGACUCCCUCAAUCUAGUACUUUACAUGAAUAUCCUAAGGAAAGAUACCAUUCAGAUCUAUCUUAUAAUAUUUAAUGAUAUUUAUAGUUUAUUCUACAUUUAAUCAGAUUUCUUGUAAGUGCUGUAUACCCAUAUAUAGUCAUGAUGUGUCUAUAUAUGGUCAUAUGAUGUCAUCAUGACCAUUUAAUGACCAGCCUCCUAUCAGCUUUCAGAAUACUAGAGUGCUUGAAAUAUAUCAAUCCACACAAAUUGAAGUGCAGCCAUAGAGGGUUUACAAAGUGGCCACUAAAAAUGCAUACUGUAUUCAAAGAGUUGAUGUACAGUAGCAAGAGUAAAAUUGGAUGUUUAACUUCCAAAUAUUGAGCUUUUAGUCAAGUACUGAUUUGCUUGCAUUUUUGUUUUGAAGGAAGAUUUGUGAUUGGAGUUUGGAAUAUAUACAAUAAUGAUGCUGUUUCACAAAUCCUGGCAUGGUGAUGCGUUUGUGUGAACUUGUUAGCCAUUUUGUAGCAUUAAAUAUUCAACUAGUCAUUGCUGCCUUGCCUAGCUAGUGCUCUGGUGUUCUUUAUAAUAUGGGUUUAUCCAAUAUAAUUCUCUAUUCUAAUGUCUUAUAUGCUCUACAUAUCAUUACUGACUUAUUUUUGAAUUUCUAAAUGGACGGCAAUUUCCUCUGCUUAUUCACUUGUUCAAAUCCAAGGGUAAGGUUAUUCAAAGCUUCUAGUAAAUUUGAAUGCAUUAUUAAGGUACAACGCAAUUAGAAUUCUCAAUGACGAAACCUAACACUCAAGUUCUGAAUUCACAUUGCCAUUGGGUUUAAGUAUUAAUAUGAACCUUUUGGCAAAGAAAUUUAAAAAAAAACCAAAUGAAAUCUUCGGAUUCACAAAUGUAUCAAAAUACGUCUUCGUAUCAUUCCUCCUCUACUGCAAAUAAGUAUAAGUCUGUAAUCCUAAUUGCGUAAUAAUCCUAAAUAAAUAUAUAAGAUUCUAAUGAAGUAAAUUAUUUCUCAUUAAUAAGUAGUACUGUAAAGUUAGCUGUAGUACUGUGGGUCCAAAUCAUUGGUAAAAUUAUAUUGUACAUAAUAUUUAAGUGUUUGUAAUGGAAUUAUAACAUGUGUUUACUACCAUUGGGUCUGGUUCUAAUGUUAGUGUAUAGUUUCUGUGUGUGUGUGCGUGCGUGUGUGGACUGUUUGAAAGGUGUUAGGUUCUUUUUAGGAUUGUAUUGAUUAAAGAAUGUUAAUUAAACGUUAUACUUAUUUAUCCAGACAAACAAAAGGUCAAUGUAUUAACAUAUGUUUACUGGAAGAAUAAUUAAUUUCUUAUAACAUGAUUAAUUGGGACUGUGGGCUGAAAGUCUGAAAAUAAAAAUAAUUUAUCGAUCUAGAAGAAUAAGGGCUGCCAAAAUUAGCAUAAUAAAUAUGUUUGAUUCAGCAUUUGUCAACAAUUCAUGAGAGUUUAAUACAUAAUUUUACUCUAAGGUGCAUUCUUCACACCUUUCAGAUUUAUGGAUGUGUGGAAUGUCUUGGGGCAUUUUCUAUUCUCGGAUAAACUGUGACAACAUUCCAUUUAAUUGUGGCGCUAUUCAGAGUUUAUUUCUUCGCUUGAGAAGGUUAAUGAUAUUAAAAAUGUAUCUGAUUUUUAUUUUCGCAAAAAGAAAUAAGAGUGCUUUUAGUUCAUUGUCUUCCAUCCACAUUGUAUUUCUUGUAAAAGUUAUUGUCCGAAUUACUUUGUAAACGCAUUUUGUACAAUGUGGUAGUGCAGGGAUGUGUAGGUAUGGAGCUAGGGGAGGUUUUGCAAUCUUAACGUGAUAACAAAUAAUAUGGAUUCAUCAUUAUUUUAGAAUUUUUUAGAUGAUCCCUAUUCAUAAUAUACUGCACCAGGGUAUUUGUUUUUUGACUAGAAUCCAAAUUAACUCGCUUUAAAAAAGUCAAAUUUUGAAAGUCAUAUCUUGUGUUAUACACUCUGGACCUACAGCCUAGGUAAGGUCGCCUACGGUGUAAGAUCGCCUACUGUACAGUAGAAGAUCGCCUACUGUACAGUAGAAGAUCGCCUACAGUAUAUGCUCAAUUUAUGUAUCAAAGGUUUUUUUUUACGAAAUUCUUUACAGCAAUGAAGAAAACAAAAGAGGUGGCAUAGUUGUACAGCUUGACCCACAAUAUAAAGUUUUUUGAGGCAAAUAUGUGUAAUUUGAUGGUAUGCAUUCUGUCCCAGAGGUUAAGGUUGCAAAGCUUACCUAAUUAUUAUAUAUCAAAUUAUUUAAAAUACCAAAGUAGGCCUACAUCCAAAAUAUUGUGAUAACUGUUGAAUGGCAAAGUAUAUUACUUUUUUGAUUAAUGGCUGGUCCUUGCCAGUGAGUUGUUGAAAAGUGUUGAGUGGGAAGUGGGUUGUGUAUUAUAAUAAUAUAUAUUAAAACAUUAUUAUUAAAAAAAGUAAGCGUGAUUAUUCAUAACAAUAGUAUUCCAAGCUGCCAUUAUAUGCGAUACAGAUUGAUUGCAUGCCUUUAAAAAAGAAGUGUAAUUUUACAAUAAUGUCCAUACAAGACCAAUCAAGAAACAACAAAUGAGAUUUGAUUUUUGGUACCAAAAGAAAUGAUUUAAUAUGGAAUAUUUUAUCUGUAUUAUAUAUUUUUUUUCAUUUCAGUAAGUCUUGUUUUUAUACAGCAAACAAAAUGGUCAAAUUAUUGUAAAGGAUACCAUAGUGCUGGUCUAACUAUUGUACUGUGAUUUUUGUAGUACAUGUAACUAGUAAAUUUGAAUACAAUAAUGUUCCAGUCAGAUAUUACAAUGUUAAUUAUUAACAACAAAGGCAAUAUGUUAUUAUUAGUCCAGUUGAAUGCAAUAUUGUGCGACCACUUUUGUGACAUAUUGUAGUCCAUUCUGCUCUGGUCUUGCUGGUAAACCCCAUACAUUAGUACUUGGAGCAGUGAUUGUUGUACAAGGGAGAGUUACAUUGUACUAGCGAAGUUUUUCAAUACAUAUUCUAUGGCAAACGAGUCAGUUUUUGAGCCAAACAUACCAAUACACUGUUCUAUUCCUCCCUCCCGACCUAGGUAUGUCUCAAAUGUUGUAAAAUGUUAUCGUUUGUUACCAAUGGCUAAUUUUUGUAGUUCUUCAUAAUUUUGUAGUAGUCACUGGUUAAAUAAGCCUAAAAUUGGACAUGAAGGGAAAAAUUAAUUAUUUCCUAUAUAUUUUCUUUAUUUUAUAUUAACUGACUGACACAAUCAGUGCUAAAUGAUUGCAUAAGUACAAUUAUUCAACCAGUUAUGUAAUUUAUUUUAACCAUGGCCUUGACAAAUAUUAAAAUAUAUUUAUAUCAAAUUCAAAUUCAUUCAGCAUAUUUGAUUGUAUUUACUUUACUCCAAUAUUUCAACUAUCCUUACAUUUUGGUUGAUACUGUAAAAUAACAUCAUUCUUUUUUUAAAUGAAUGUAAUUUUGUUGCAUGUUUUUGUGGCAAGAAAGGAUUGUGUAUAUUGGAGUGUAUACACUUGUAAUUAAAAUAUACUUUGACUACAAAACUCAAAAA